CGCGGAUUGGUCGCGGUCGCGAGCUGCGUUGUGUGGAGCGGGACGGGUUCCCGAGCCGGCGGCCUGAGGGAUGGACGAGACUAGCCCACUUGUGUCCCCCGAGCGGGCCCAACCCCCGGAGUACACCUUCCCGUCGGGCUCGGGAGCUCACUUUCCGCAGGUGCCGGGGGGUGCGGUCCGCGUGGCGGCGGCCGGCUCGGGCCCGUCUCCGCCCGGCUCUCCCGGCCACGACCGGGAGCGGCAGCCGCUGCUGGAUCGAGCCCGGUGCCCAGCUGCGCAGUGUCAGACCCACACGGUGGCGGCGCAGGCCCAGGCCCUGGCUGCCCAGGCCGCGGCCGCAGCGCACGCAGCUCAGCCUCAGCGCGAGCGGAACGAUUUUCCGGAGGACCCGGAGUUCGAGGUGGUGGUGCGGCAGGCCGAAGUGGCCAUCGAGUGCUGCAUCUUCCCGGAGCGCAUCUACCAGGGCUCCAGCGGAAGCUACUUCGUCAAGGACUCUCAGGGGAAGAUUGUUGCUGUCUUCAAACCCAAGAAUGAAGAGCCAUAUGGGCACCUUAAUCCUAAGUGGACCAAGUGGCUACAGAAGUUGUGUUGUCCAUGCUGUUUUGGCCGUGACUGCCUUGUCCUCAACCAGGGCUAUCUCUCAGAGGCAGGGGCCAGCCUGGUGGACCAAAAACUGGAACUCAACAUUGUGCCCCGCACAAAGGUAGUAUACCUGGCCAGUGAAACCUUCAACUAUAGUGCCAUCGACCGAGUGAAGUCCAGGGGCAAGCGACUUGCACUAGAGAAAGUACCAAAAGUUGGGCAGCGGUUUAACCGCAUCGGAUUACCACCAAAGGUUGGUUCAUUCCAGCUCUUUGUUGAAGGCUACAAAGAUGCAGAUUAUUGGCUGCGACGCUUUGAAGCAGAACCUCUCCCUGAGAACACCAACAGGCAACUACUGCUGCAGUUUGAGCGGUUGGUGGUCCUGGACUACAUCAUUCGUAACACUGAUCGAGGCAAUGACAACUGGCUGAUCAAAUACGACUGUCCAAUGGAUAGUUCUAGCUGUCGGGACACAGAUUGGGUGGUGGUGAAGGAGCCUGUUAUCAAGGUGGCUGCCAUAGACAAUGGGCUGGCUUUCCCACUGAAGCAUCCUGACUCCUGGAGGGCAUAUCCUUUUUACUGGGCCUGGUUGCCCCAGGCGAAAGUACCAUUCUCUCAGGAGAUCAAAGAUUUGAUUCUUCCAAAGAUUUCAGACCCUAACUUUGUCAAGGACUUGGAGGAGGACCUCUAUGAACUCUUCAAGAAAGAUCCUGGUUUUGAUAGGGGCCAGUUCCAUAAGCAGAUUGCUGUUAUGCGGGGACAGAUCCUAAACCUGUCUCAGGCCCUGAAAGACAACAAGAGUCCCCUGCACCUUGUCCAGAUGCCACCCGUGAUUGUGGAGACAGCACGUUCCCACCAGCGUUCUUCCAGCGAGUCCUACACACAGAGCUUUCAGAGUCGGAAGCCCUUCUUUUCAUGGUGGUAGCCCUAGAGGCACACAGAAGAAAUCCUGUGGAUGACAGGCUGGGAGGAAGCCUGGGAACCCAGGUGCAGGGAAGCCAGAGAAGCUGGUGCACAGCAGCGCCUUUCAGUGCCCUCCCUUUCUGCUUGCCACCUCCCUCGGGGCUUUCCCACCCACAGGGAGCAGCACAAUCAGAGACAAGAGUGUUCCUGGGCCCUUCAGAGUGUUGGGGAGACUGGAGUCCAGGCAGGGAGUUCAGGCACCUGCAGGGGAGCAACUCUCUUCCAGCAUCUCCUGGUGGCAGGUUGGAAGUCUCAGCUCCCUGACAACCUUGCUCCAUUGCAGUUCCUUAUUAUAUUCUGCAUCAGAAAGAA